UGCGUUCAAAAAAUAUUUAACAAUUAUUUUAUUUCUCAGAUAAGAGCGAUAUUUCUCAUUUAGCGUUUUGUGUAUGCAAGUCAAGUGUCUACUUCUGCGAUAGUUUAUGUAGUUGGUCUAUGUGAAUAAUUUAACCUAAAUUAAAAAUAACUGUAAAAUGUCCAGCGACGAGGAAUAUUAUAGCGAAGAGGAAGAGGAAAGCAUUAUAAGCAAUUCUACAGGACGGUCAGGCCGUAGUAGCACCGGAGGGCGACACAGUAAAAGCAGUGGUCGCUACAGCAGCAAUGUGGUUGUCGAGGACACCGAAUCUGAAGAAGAUAGCCUGCGCCGCUCUGCGCAAAAGGUGAGAGGUCGCCCUGCAGCUAUUUUAUCGGAUAGCGAUGAGGAAGAUGAGCUGGAUGAGCGUCAUGUGUCGCCGCGCACGCGCAUGAGCAUCACAGGCGUGCGGCCGCAAGACAUGAGCGAUGACUCCAGCGAGAUUGAUUACAGUGAUGAGGAGCAGCAGCAGCAAGAAGAACAUAGUACCGAUGCUGAUGAAACUGUUGAUGAGGAGAUUGAUCGGGAAGAGGCUGCCGCCGAACGCUAUCGCAGAGCCACACUUGGUGAGGAUCUGCCGCCGCGCUACAGUACACAGUUUGUAAGCAGCAUUGAGGAGGAAUUGCACUCGACAUUGUUUCCUAUUCCUGGGCAAUCACGGCGUUCAAUCUCGCCAUCCAUAGACUCUUCUGGUAGUGACGUGCUUGUCAUAAGCAAUCGGGAGACACCAAUUGAAAUAUCGAGCAGCACCGAAGAGGAUAGUUUUAACAAGGAAAAUAUAUCGGUGCCCUCAUUAAGUGGUCGCAAAAGUCGUAGCUAUUCACCACGCAGCAGUGCUGACGUGCCCAAAGCUAGGUCUCCGAAAAAUCUGGUGCAGCCGACCAUUAAAGCAGCUAUCAAAAAGCCCUCGCCAAGUCGUGCCAGUGUAAAAACUGAGCAAGUUUCAUCAAAAUUCCAUGAGAAGGAAGCAAACAAAUUAGCGGAAUUGCGCUCGCAGCUAAAUGAGGCCGUAAAACUAUACGACAAAGUGUCGCAUAAACUGCCGGAUAAGGGCAUACAAAUAAGAAAGCGCAUUGAAACUUUACGGCAAGAUAUUGAAAUUAAGACGAAAUAUAUAAACGGCUUGCAGGUGCGAAAUGAGCCACCGAAAAUCAAAGUGUCGCAGGCGCGCGGAUCCACUCCAAAUAAACCUAAAGCUACUGAACUGGACUGGGAUGAUCUUUCCGCUGCGGUCAAUCAAAUACAGCCGACACACACUGGCGCAAAGGGCUUGGCUACUUUUAAUACCCAAAAGGCGCUUACGUUGGAUUCAUUGAAGGACAUACAUGGUUCUUUGAAGGGCUGUCCCGCUGAGAAUGUGUUAGCCGAUGAUCCGGAGGGCUUAAAAGUAAAGCUUAUGGAUCAUCAGAAGCAUGCGCUUGCCUGGAUGUCUUGGCGUGAACAGCAGCGUCCACGUGGUGGCAUUUUGGCCGAUGAUAUGGGUCUUGGUAAGACAUUGACUAUGAUAUCCUCAGUGCUAGCAUGCAAGAAUCAUCUAGAAAAAAAUCCUGGCACCGAAUCCGAUUGCAGCGCAGAUGAGGAGGAGACUACUAAAAAUCUACGCGGCUGGAGCUCCAAGGGACGCAAAGAUAACUAUAACGGAGGCACCUUGGUAGUGUGUCCUGCCAGCUUGUUGCGUCAAUGGGAGGGAGAAGUGAACUCCAAAUUGUCGCGACAUCGUCUAACAGUCUGCGUGCAUCAUGGCGCCAAUCGCGAGUCAAAUGGCAAACAUUUGAAAACCUAUGAUAUGGUGGUAACCACCUACAAUAUUGUUUCGCGGGAGCACAAGACUAAUGGUGCACUCUUUGGUGUCAAGUGGCGACGCAUCAUAUUGGAUGAGGCGCAUGUUGUGCGCAAUUUCAAAUCUCAGUCAUCAUGCGCGGUCAGCGCAUUACGCGGCAAGUUUCGCUGGGUGCUUACGGGCACGCCCAUACAAAAUAAAGAGCUCGAUGUCUAUGCGCUGCUAAAGUUUCUGCGCUGUUCGCCUUUUGAUGAUCUCAACACUUGGAAGAAGUGGAUUGAUAACAAGAGCGCUGGUGGACAGAAUCGUUUAAAUUUGUUAAUGAAAUCUCUAAUGUUGCGACGCACUAAGGCACAGCUGCAGCUGGAUGGCAAAUUGAAUGAUUUACCCGCCAAAGAGAUACGCUUAAUUGAGAUGAAACUGGAUACGGAUGAGAUGAACGUUUAUCAAAAGGUGAUGACCUAUUCGCGUUCAUUGUUUGCACAAUUUUUGCAUCAACGUGCCGAGAAGGAUACGAUGGCGAAUUUCAUAAAUGAUGGCAAAAAGCCCACAUAUAAUCAGAUCAAGGAUCCCAAUGGUGCUUACUAUAAGAUGCAUGAGAAAUUCUCACGCAUGGCUGGACACGGCAAAGAGGUCAAGUCACAUGAAAUUUUGGUGCUAUUGCUGCGUCUGAGACAAAUUUGCUGCCAUCCAGGCUUGAUUGAUUCGAUGUUGGAAGAUGAAGGCAAUGGAAGUGCGCACGGCUAUGAUAGUGAUGCCUAUGCACCGGAAAUCGAUUUAUUAGCCCAGCUCAAUAAGCUGGCAAUCAGUGACGGCUCCUCUGGCACAUCGCGCCGUUCCAGCAGUAGCCGCAAAAGCGUGGGCGAUGAAGCGCGUCUGGCCAAGGCUUCGCAGAAUGUGCUUAAGCGCAGCAAUCCAGUUUUCAAUCUAAAACGCCCCUCUAGUAAAAUGCUCAAGGUCUUGGAGUUACUCAAAACAAUAGUAUUUAAGAGUAAGGAGAAAGAUAAAGUCAUUAUUGUGUCGCAAUGGACAUCAGUGUUGGACAUCUUGCGUGAGUUGCUGGAGAAGGAGCGACUGUCCUGCCUAGCACUGAAUGGCACCAUAGCUGUAAGGAAUCGUCAGAGUAUUGUAGACGAGUUCAACGAUGCGCGCAGCUCAAAGCGCAUUCUCUUGCUGUCCCUGACAGCUGGCGGUGUUGGCCUAAACUUAAUUGGUGCUAAUCAUUUGAUGUUGCUAGAUCUGCACUGGAAUCCGCAACUGGAGGCACAAGCGCAGGAUCGCAUUUAUCGUGUCGGGCAGAAAAAGAAUGUAAUUAUUUAUAAGAUUGUUUGCCUCGAGACUGUCGAGGAGCGCAUCAAAGCGCUGCAGGAUCGCAAAUUGGAAAUCGCAGAGGGCGUACUUACCGGCGCCAAGGUUAGCAGUAAGCUUACCAUUGAUGACUUGAAGGGUCUCUUUGGCAUGUAGAGUCAGCAGCCAAAUAAAUUAAUAGUAAUUUGUGUUAUUGUCAAGUGCCAAAACAUUUGAAUGAAAUACUUCACAUGUUGCUUUAUUUACAGCAUUUUAAAUUAUUU